UUUUCGCGGGAAUCAGGAAGAAGUUAUCAGAACCGUUUUAUCAGGGUCUGACUGCUUCUGCAUAAUGCCGACUGGAGGUGGCAAGUCGCUGUGCUACGAAAUUCCUGCGCUGAUGAAACCGGGUGUCGUCAUCGUCGUCUCUCCGCUCAUUGCGUUGAUGCAGAAUCAAGUGGAGUCUUUAAGGAAGAAGAGCAUACCAGCGGAAUAUCUCUCAUCAUCCAUUUCUGCUGCACGGCGGGCAAAUAUUCUCGCCGACCUGGGGAAUGGACGGCCAGCACUGAAGCUGCUGUAUGUGACGCCAGAAGCAGUGGACACCCACACCAUACUGAGCGUGUUAAGGAAGCUUCAUGACAGAGGGUUGCUCAGCCUCUUUGCUGUAGAUGAGGCCCAUUGCAUUUCAUCAUGGGGGCAUGACUUCAGGCCUGCAUAUCGCAGACUCUCCUCUCUUCGACAACGGUUCUCCAACGUUCCAAUCCUUGCUCUCACUGCCACAGCUGUUGCAAAAGUGAGGGAGGACAUUGUUUCCUCCCUCUGCCUUCGCAACCCUACAACUCUUAUCUCCUCUUUCAACAGACCCAACAUCUACUACGAAGUGCGCUACAAGGACCUGAUGGACCCUUACAAAGACUUACGUGAUACACUGCUGGCAUCGAAGCAGCAGUGCGGCAUCAUCUACUGCCACUCCCGCAGCACCUGUGACGAGCUCGCUUGCUACCUCACCCGUGACGGUCUCAAAUGCAAAGUGUACCAUGCAGGGCUCUCCACCGCAGCUCGCACCGAAGCACUGGAGGACUGGUCACGGGGGAAGAUCCCCAUUAUGAUCGCCACUGUCGCCUUUGGAAUGGGCAUUGACCGUGGGAUAGUGCGGCUGGUGUGCCACUACUCCCUGCCCAAGUCGAUCGAGGCAUUUUAUCAAGAGUCAGGACGAGCAGGCAGGGACCAGCAGCCCUGCCGCAGUAUUCUGUACUAUGGCGUGCAGGACAAACGGACCAUGGAGUUUAUAAUCAAGAAGGACGACGGUUCACGGGGUAAAGGCCCGCCACAACCUCAGCGAGUCAAGAACGCACUGGAUGCCUUUCAAAAGAUGGUGGACUAUUGCGAGCUCCUGUCAUGCCGCCGAAUGAAGCUGCUAACGCAUUUCGGAGAGACGGCCACCCCAAGGCUGUGUGCGGGCGGUUGUGACGUGUGCAAGACACCACAUGCAGUGAAGGCAGCUCUUCAGGAGCUUCGGGAGAGCGGUGCCGUGGGGGGAAGUGGCGGUGGCAUGCAGCCAAGGGUGCAAAUGGGCAGGCCACCGCUGUCUUCCAAGUUGAAGGAUCUGGUGGAGAGCGAGUUCUGGAAGAGGGAUGACGAUGAGGAGGAGCCUGAGGAGAGCAUCUCCGGCUCUGAUGGUGAGAGCACGUGA